AUGGAUGCUUCUACUGCAGAUGCUUCCCAGGGUAUAUUGACGUUCCGGGAUGUGGAUGUGAACUUCUCCCAGGAGGAGUGGGAAUGUCUGGACUCUGCUCAGAAGUCUUUGUACAUGGAUGUGAUGCUGGAGAAUUACAGGAAUCUGGUCUUUGUAGAGAACCAUCGCAAGCAUAAGUAUGGGAAGGUCCUGGAUCAAGGCUCAAAGUAUAUUGUCCAUCAUCAUGUGACUAUCCAAGAGAAGUCUUAUAAGUGUACUGAGCUUGGCAAAACUCUUCAUGAAUCUUCCCAGUGUACAUCCUAUGACACAAGUGAAUCUGCCGAAAACUACAAAAACAGCACACGUGUUAACCACAGGGAUACUGCUACUGAAUCAUCCCACCUAGAGAGUCAUAAGAGCAUGCAGUCUGGAGAAGAACCCUGCAAACAUAAAGACUGUGGCAAUUCUUUAAAUUUGUCUUCCACCAGUAGUCAAAAUGAGAGGGUGCAGACUGAAAAGAAAGAACAGAAAUAUUCAGAGGAUGAUAAAUCUUUUGACUCUCAAUGUAAACCUGUGCUACAGCAGAUCUGUAAUGAUGGGAAACCACACCAAUGCAGAAUAUGUAAGAAAUGCUUCUGGAACCACUCAAACCUCAGGAGACAUGAGAUAAGUCAUACUGGGGAGAAACCUUACAAGUGUAGGCUAUGUGGUAUAUGCUUUGGGUAUUCAACAGCUCUCAAAAGGCAUCAUUACAGAAUCCACUCUGCAGAAAAACUUUACCAAUGUAACAAGUGUGGGAAAGCCUUCUGUAGCUACGCAUACCUUACAAAUCACCAGAAAAAUCUUGAAGAGAGACCUUAUGGAUGUAAACAAUGUUGUAGUUCCUUCAGUACUUUGUCACGUCUUGAAAACCAUUACAGAACCCAUAACAGAGAGAAAACUUACAAAUGCAGUGAAUGUGGCAAAUCCUUUUACACCUCUGAACGUCUUAAAAGACAUCAGAGCAUUCAUGCUGCAGAAAAAGCUUAUGAAUGUAAAGAAUGUGGAAAGCGCUUUUAUGGGUUCUAUCAGCGUAAGAACCAUUACAGAACCCAUGUCAGAGAGAGACCUUACACUUGUAAUGAUUGUGGCAAAUGCUUUAUCUGCCUGCAACAUCUGAGAACCCAUCAGAAAGCUCAUAAAGGGGAGAAACCUUACAAAUGUAGUGAGUGUGACAAAUCCUUUGUCCGGAAAUACAACCUUAGAAUCCACCAAAGAAUUCAUUCCGGAGAGAGACUUUACAAAUGUAAUGAGUGUAAGAAAUCCUUUGUCCAGAAAGGCAGGCUUAUAAUCCACCAGAGAAUUCAUACGGGAGAGAAGCCUUACAACUGUAGUGAAUGUGACAAAGGCUUUACGUCCUUCGCUGGUCUUAGAAGUCAUCAGAGAGCUCAUACUAGGGAGAAAAGCUCCCCUGGUGCAGACCUGGGAGCGGAGGACACGGCCAGGUGUCGCAAGGAUGCGAAAACUCCCCGGAGCCGCCGUCUCCAUGCCAGGCGGCCUGGGAAAGUCAGCAGCGCCACGGCAGAAACUGCUGUGGGGCUUGGACCCCCAAGGAAGGGAUGGGAUGAGGCAGCUCAGGACACAGCUUUCAAAAUUCUGUUGUUGAUACAUUCCCUUGUCGGUAAGUGUGCACCACCGCCUCUAUGGCAAACUAGUGUGGCUGCUGGGAUUAAAGAUGUCACUGCUGUUUGA